UGGCCGGGCCCAGGGAACCGCCAAUUUCCAAGCCGCUGAUGGAGAAGAAGCGACGGGCACGCAUCAAUGUGUCGCUGGAGCAGCUCAAGUCAUUGCUGGAGAAGCACUAUUCGGACCAGAUCCGGAAACGCAAGUUAGAGAAGGCAGAUAUACUGGAGCUGAGCGUCAAGUACAUGAAAAGCCUUCAGAACUCGUUGCAAGGGUUCUGGCCGGUCCCCAGCAGAGCCGAGUACCCGUCGGGCUUCCGCGGCUGUCUGCCGGGCGUUAACCAGCUUCUGCGGCGCGGAGCGGAGGGCGGCGGCGGCGUGCGCUGCCCCCUGGCGCACGAAUGCGUGGUCGGCAGCACCAUGGACAGCGUCAGCCCCGGCCCGGAGGCGCCCGCGCGGCGCGGCCCCUGCGUCCCGGGUGUUUGGGCCUCUGAUCCGGCCGCCGGCGAAUCGCGGUCCCCGCCACCCCGGCUCCUCCUCCCCAGAGGUCUUCCCGGCCCGUCCACCAGCUUCCCGGCACCGCCGCCGGCUUCUCGCCAGGGCGCCGAGAGCCCCGAGAGCCCCGGGCCGGCGCUGCGCCUGUGGCGACCCUGGUGAGGCCCAGGCGAGACUUGG